AAGCGGAAAAAAAGAAAGUAGCAAAAAGACAUGUCAAUAUUAUGUUAUUUGUACACGCUCGUUGUUGCGUAUAAGAUCAAUUUAAUGAUGUCGUUGACGUUUUCAGAUGAUUCUUAACAGCAGGAAACAUCAAACGUGAAGAGGAAAGCUAUGAAAUAAAUAGUGUUUAGUCCGUGUUGAUUGGGAGGAUAGGUGACAUCCUUCAUCAUGUUCCCAGACUUGUAUCCUUUUGUGGAGGAUAGUUUUAGUCGCUUCCCCUCGCAGAGUAACAUCUACGGACUGUGUCAGGCGGGGGAACACGAGCUGCUCGCUGCUACGCUCAAAGGGAAAGUGGUGAGCUUCACCUACCAGGAGCUGCAACAGAAGAUAAGACCAGUCGCCAAAGAGGUUCAAUUCACCUACAUACCAGUUGAUGCAGAGAUUGUGUCCAUUGAUGCGUUCAUCAAGUCUUCACCCAAAAGAGGCCUGGUGGUUGGCAUUACAUUCAUUAAGGACUCUGGUGACAAAGCUACCCCUUUCCUGAAUAUCUACUGUGACUAUGAGCCCGGCUCAGAGUUCAACCUGGAGUCUAUUGCACAGAGUUGCCUGAAUCUGGAGUUGCAGUUCACACCCUUCCAGCUGUACCACACAGAAGUGCAGAGUGACGAUGGAGGCAGAGAGACUGUUUUUCUUCUCAGUGGUCACGAUCAGAGGAUCCACCUGUACAAAGAGAAUGCUUCAUUGCACCAGUUUGAAGAGCAGCCUGUGGAGAAGCUCUUCCCUGAACUCAAGGAAUUACCCAGCAAUGUGCUGUGGUUGGACAUGUUGAGCAUUGCUGAAGACAGAAGACUGUCUGCGUUUGGCUGUCAGAAUGGAUGUGUUGGAUUGGCUCUUGUCAAGCAAUUUGAACCAGCGGAGGUUUUGCAGAGCUGGCGAGUUCAGUUCGACAGUCCAAUUUCCAUCGUGCUGCUGUUUCCCCUUACCUGCCAAACUGAGCCUGCUCCAUCCAGCAGAGACAAAAUUUUGGGAGUUAAAGGCUACAACCUUCUGGUAACUAGCACAAUAGAGAUGGCUGUUGUCUACAGAAAUGUGCAGGAAGGAGGUUUGUCCCACUCUAUGUGCCUCUCUGAGAGCGAUCAGUGGGAUGCGGUGCUUUGCGCCCUCGUCAUCGACCUGGACUUUGAUGGGGAGAAGGAAGUGCUGCUGGGAACAUAUGGACAGGAACUUCUCUGUUAUAAGUUCCAGCAUACAGCAGAAGGGGAAGAUGGACACUUUCAGUUUCUGUGGCGACGAAGCUUCAAAAGCCCUUUGCUGUCAAUCAUCUACUUAGACUUGACUGGUGACGGUUUGAGAGAGUUGGCGGUCCUGACGCUGAAGGGACUGCAUAUUUUACAGCAUAGUCUCACCAGCACUGCCGAUCUGGUCGUGGAGCGUCUUGCCAAGAGGGUGGCGGCGCGGACUGCCGACUCCAAAUGGGUGUUGGCCAAAGGUCAAGAUAGCGAUGAGAAGAAAGAGGACCGUACAUUUCAUGCAUCUUUAAAUUAACAUACAGUAUGUUCUAACUGCAUCUUCAUGUCACCUAUCACCACAUUUGGUACAGUCACAAUUUCAUACCUGCCUUAAAAUUACAUUCAUACAGUAUAUUUACUAGGGCUGUCAAAAUUAACAAGUUAACUCGUGAUUAAUAACCAAAAAUGAUCGCAUUAAUGAUGUACACACUUAGAUUAAUCAUGUAAUUUAUUUUGACCCUACAAGCGCUUCUACCUUAACCGCAAUACGGUCAGAUCAGAUCUAUGCAUAUGUCAGUACAAAAACAAGUGAGGAACUCCGACUGGUGUGCUCGCUGGAAAAUGUCACUCCAAAAUACAGCCUGGAAAAACUUUAGAUAAAACUGUUGUCAAGUUUUGUGCAAAUAAAUGUGGUGCAUUCAAGUACAACAUUAAAAAAAAUUGCCGGAUGACAUUCCGAGAAUAAAAUGGCAUUUGUGUAUAAAUAUCGGGGUCUUUUAUUGACUUAAUUUCAAUGAUGCGAGUGAUUGAUCAUAAUCCAUCCAAAUUCCAAAAUGUGAUUAAUCUGAUUAAAAAGUUAAUCAUUUGACAGCCCUAAUAUUUACAUUAAAUGACAUUUCAAUGCUUGAUUAAACUGCUCAAUCAACUGAAUACCUGCCCAACAAGUAAUUUAAUGUUUGAUGCAACUUUUGUAAUGAUCUAUUUGGCUUCUUAAAGCCUAUUUUAGAUACAUGCCCCUAAUUGUGUUCCAUUUAGUAUAUACUGAGUGGUUAUUAUAGGGGAACUGCCCUUUUUUUUCACAAUCAUUUUAAGAGACAAGAAGACACUUUUUUUUUUUAAACAAAAAUCAUCUCGUUUAAUUCUACCUCUAAAUCACUUAAAAGAUGCAUUCAAAAAUCGCCAACAUUACUUAAUUUACAUUCCGUAACCUGUAUAAUAACCAAGCUGUAGCGACAUUGUUAUUGUAAGAGUGAACAAUGAGGAACUCUUUUUUUUUUUUUUUCCCGUAGUAACACAUCGGCGUGCUUCGAGAUAAGCUAGCUUCUACAUCAGCACGAAACGCGUUUGAGUUUGUAAUGCACAACACAUUGCGAUAGAACACUAAUUUGUACUGACUGAAAAACAUGAACAAUCAUAUUACACUAUAUGUAAAGUAUUUCAUGCUUUUUUUGUACAGUUUGUACAGUGAUGUGUUGCACGUAUCAUGAGCAAUAGUAUAGUGACUUACUCGAUGGACAGUUGUCCGUUUAGUCAAGCUGGCCGGCGAUGUUUCCUGUAGAUUUUGGUAAACGAUCCAUUAAUUCGGCAUAGCUAGGCUCAAAGUUCCAGAUAAGCAGCAUGACCAUGUCGCAUUCUGUCGGCUUCCGUCUGCGCCAACGUUUCAACCUCUUCUUCUUGCUCGCUUCUAUUAGGAAUUAGGAACAUACAGUAUGUGUUGCAGGAAGUUGGAAGUGCGCUGCUAUGGAAACGGAAAUAAAUGCGCCGAAGAAUUGGUUCCGGCUGUGCAUAAAAUGACCAAAAUAGGGUAAAUAUUGAACAUAUUACAUAUUGUUAUGAAGGUGUCUGUUACUACAUUAUAUAUAGACUUGCAGUGUGUAUAUAAAACGUUGAUGGAGGGGUUUGAAGUUGUUUUAGAGGGCUUGCAAGCGUUGUAUCAUCUUUAAAAUCCUAAAAAAAAAAAAAAGAAAAGACAUGUGCUCUUGUCUCUAAUAAUGAUUGUGAACGAUAGGAAAAUUCCAAAAAAGGUGCAGUUCUCCUUUAACAAAGUUUUUCGGCAACGUGUAAUAAACCAAAUGCUUCACUAGAUAGAGCAGCUCUUCUUAAUCAUGCUUUCGCCAACUUGCUGUUUGUCAAAAGAGUUGAAGAGAAUUGCCAAAAAUGUGUUGCAGUCCUGCUUGAUGAUGAAUAAAAUACAUUUGAACAACUUA